GUCUUUAUGCCAGGACCUUCUUUACUUGUUAUAUAAAACAUUUCCUCAUAAACAAAUGAGGGAAUGCAAAUUUCUGCAGUAGUUAGGUGGGUGUGGAAGAGACACAAAAGCCAGAUAUUGUUGAACUCUCUUGGUCUUUUCUGCAGAUCUGCCCUGAUCAGCUGUUUUAGCAACAUGAUAUAACAUUGCUCAGUUGACUGUCCCAAUAUAAUUACUGCUUGUUAGAUCAGCAUCAGAAUUAUUGGUGAGACAUAGGUACAGCCACUGACAGAUUCAAAACGCUAAAGAAGACUGACAGUCACCAUUUAGCGUUAAGAAUUGGACUCUGGAAGAAACCAUUGCAUUCAAGAAGAAAAAAUGGCAGAUAAAGAAGAAAACACCACUGUGGAGAAUAACGGCAAUAUGAACCCCAAGCAGAUCCCAGGCAAGGUGUUUAAUGAUCCCAUCCACGGGCAUAUAGAGUUACACCCACUUCUUGUCAAAAUCAUUGACACACCUCAGUUCCAGAGACUACGGAGUAUCAAGCAGCUCGGAGGAGCCUACUUUGUUUACCCUGGAGCAUCCCACAACCGCUUUGAACACUCGAUUGGGGUGGCGCAUUUAGCAGGUAAGCUUGGACAAGCUCUGAAAACAAAGCAGCCAGAUCUCAACAUCACUGACAGAGACAUCCUCUGCGUACAGAUUGCUGGUCUUUGUCAUGAUCUCGGACAUGGGCCAUUUUCCCAUCUGUUUGAUGCAAUGUUCAUCCCUAGAGCACGUCCAGACAAGAAGGAGUGGAAGCAUGAAACUGCUUCUCUGGCCAUGUUUGACCACCUGGUGAAAAGUAAUGGUCUGGAGGUUGAGAUGGAGCAGUAUGGCCUGAUCCCAUCCGAGGAUCUGACCUUCAUCAAGGAGAUGAUUCACAUAGACACCAAGAAAGACCAGGAGAAAACUAGCACAGCUCAAGACCAGAAAAAGUCUCCACAGUGGCCGUAUGAAGGCCGUAAAGAAGACAAGUCCUUCCUCUAUGAAAUCGUGUCCAACAAAGAAAAUGGCAUUGAUGUGGACAAGUUUGACUACUUUGCCAGGGACUGCUACCACCUGGGCGUCCAGAUCAACUUUGACUAUCGUCGCUUCUUAAAGUUUGCCAGGGUGUGUGAGGUGGAUGGCCGGAAGCACAUCUGUGUUAGAGACAAGGAGGAGGAUAAUAUGUCUGAAAUGUUCCACACCAGGCUCUGUCUCCACAGAAGAGCCUACCAGCACAAAGUGAACAAGAUCAUAGAGACUAUGAUCACAGAUGCCUUUUUAAAAGCAGACUCAGUAGAGAACAAUGAAUCAACAAUCACUAUCUACAAAGCCAUUGAUGGCAAGACUGAAAGCACAGAAAAGAAGACUUUCAGACUCUCCAAGGCCAUUGAUGACAUGGAGGCCUACACUAAGCUGACAGAUGCUGUGUUUGAACAAAUACUCAACUGUUCAUCUCGGGCACCCCAGGAGCUGAGGGAUGCAAGAGACAUUCUACGCAGGAUCAUCAAUCGAGACCUCUACAGGUUUCUGGGUGAAACGCGGUUUAAGGUUCCCACUGAGGAAAACAUUUCUGCUAGGAAAAAGGAAUUGGCUGAAGCUCUCGGGCUGACCGAAGAUGACUUUGAGAUUGUGAAAAAAGGAAAAAAUCCUGGUUGGAAAGAGGAAUUGGCUGAAGUUCUCGGUGGCGGGCUGGCCAAAGAUGACUUUAAGAUUGUGGAAAACAUUCCUGCUUUGAAAAGGGAAAUGGCUGAAGCUCUCAGGCUGACUGAAGAUGACUUUGACAUUAGGACCAUUAAAAUGGACUAUGGGAAGAAACACAAGGACCCCAUCGAUCACUUAUAUUUCUACAGCAAGCAUGACACUACCCGCGCAUUCAAGAAGAAGCAUUGUCAGGUGUCCAGGAUUCGCCCAACGUGCUUUUCUGAGCAGCUGGUCAGGUUUGUCUGUAAGAAGGCUGAUCCGAAGGCUGACGAGAAAAAGUUUAAAAAGUGGUGCAAGGCAAAGGACUUUCCAGAGUAUCAGGAUGACAAAAAUCAAUCUGAGCCUUUGGAAGAUGGACAUCAAAACUGAAAACAAGCAAACACUCCCUGGUACUCAUUGGUUCAUGAUUGAAAAUGAUUUAAAUAUUAUAUAAGGUGAGUAUGUUAAUGAGCACAGAGUCUUCUUUAUAAAUGAGAAUGCAUUUGCAUAUUCAGGCCCUGUAGUCUGGUCUUUUAGAGGCCUAAUCAAUAUUAUACAUGUAUCUGUGGUUCAGUUUGAUCAUUUUUAAAUUAGUUUGAUUUUAGACUCCUUUCAUAAUCUAAAGCUGUACGUGUCUGAUUUUAAACUGAAUCACUUCUUAAUAGCAUGUUGUUACUAAAAACAUACCAGAAACAUACUAUUACUCUGUUGUGAACAAUCAAUCAUGGUUACUUAAAAUAUCUUUGUGUGAAACUGAAUAUGUACACAGUACGUUUCACUUAUUUAUUCAUUUAUGCGUCUUCAUGUAUUGUGUGUAUUCCUUAUGAUUGGGGCAAGCUGCAAAGCACUUGCCAACAUAUAUAAUGGAGUUUGUCAUUUAAAGUUUAAUUUGUGGUUAAGGGAUUUCAAAUAUUUUGGUUUUGAUGUUAAUCACGUGAAUUAAUGUGGAAAUUUGAUUAGAUAUUAUUAUGACUGAGUGUUUGAUUUGAGGUAGUUUCUUGUGGUGGUUAUGAAUCCAACGAUUGGCUGUAUCUUUCUUGAACCACAGAAUUUAUCUUUACUUCUUCAAUGUUGAUUUUUUUUCAUUUGUUUUUAAAUAUCUCUUUUAUUGGUGACAUAUUUUAUCAUAUUUUGGUCUUGAAUUAUUCUACCUUUUGAAACUGGCUCUUUUUUUAAUGUAACCAUCUGUAUGCAUGUGGUAAAUGGAAAAUUAUAAAUAUAUAAACAUAUUCUAAAUAUGUAAUGGGGCUAUAAAGGGAAACCUACCAGAGACAAUUAGAAGCUUUAAACUUUAUUCCUAAAGUUGAUAAUAGAUUGUUCUCUACUUGAAAUAAAACUAUUUUUUCCUCUU